UACAGAGGCAGCUGUCUCUCUUUGCUCUAAUACCAGCAUUGCUCCCUGAGUCCUAAACAGUAACCAGAGGACUCCAGCUUCUGUAGACAAGCUAACGUCUAAGUGUCUAAAAUGGAUCACCAUGAAAAAACUUCAGAUCAAGUUAACUUGAAUCGAUUGUCCGUUGUCUCUGAAGAUGAUGAAGAUCAUGAUUCUGCCUUGACUAUCGUUACAGUUCUAGAUAAAGUUGCCACCAUUGUGGAUAGUGUGCAGGCUAGCCAAAAAAGAAUUGAGGAACGUCACAGAGAAAUGGAGAAUGCAAUUAAGACUAUUCAGAUUGACCUCCUAAAACUUGCUCAGGCUCAUAGCAAUACCAGCUUCACAGUUAACAAACUAUUUGAAAAGACUCGUAAAGUAAGCUCCAAUGUGAAAGAUGUAAGAUCCCGAGUAGAUAAACAGAGUGAUCAAGUUCAAAAAGUAGAAUCCAAACAAGAGGAAAUGCUGAGAAAGAACAAAUUCAGAGUUGUCAUUUUCCAGGAGGAUAUCGAGUGUCCAACAAAACUGACUGUUGCUAAAGAAUCCACAUUGGAUGGACUUUUGAGGGACAAACUACACCCACCAAAUGACCUCUCUUCUGAUGAAGAGUACGAAGUGGAAGAGUCCAGGUCUUCACGUCUUAAGAAAUCUGGCAUGCAGAGAAUUGAUAAUAUCAAGAAAGCAUUUUCCAAAGAAAGCAUGCAGAAAACAAAGCAAAACUUUGGAAAGAAAGUAAAUAGGAUCCGCACAAGGAUAGUAACUCCAGAAAGAAGAGAGAGAAUUAGACAGUCCAGCGAGAGGCUAAAACAAUCUGGAGAGAGAUUUAAACAAUCCAUAGCAAAAGCAGCACCCAAGAAAGAAACAUUUAAAAUAAACAUCAAAAAGAAGGGAAAACAGCGAACCACAGCAGAAGGCCAAGAGGGUGGUGAGGAAGAUGAGGUAGACUCAGUCUCUGAGAGUGACUUAGUACAACCUGUCUCGGAGGUCACCUACACUGAAGUGGUCACUGUAAAGAAGAAGAAGAAGAAGAAUGAAGAAAAAGCUGAACUUUUGCCAUCCCAGGAUGAGGAGAAACCCAACCCUGCCUCUGAAAAGUCUCUGCUGAAAUUGGAGACAAAACUAGACGCAGAUGAGACCCCACUUGUGGAUAUCAAGCUGUCAUAAUGAGGAAACUUCCCAAGAAGAGGGUCCAGGAUGUACUUAUAGCUAGCCACACUAGGCCUGUGUGUAAGUUAUAUCCCAUAACUCCUAAACCAACCUAGUACAAGCUAUUUCCACCUUACAUGUAGUACUACCCUAUUUACACAUAGGAUUUUAAAUAUCUCUUUAUGCUGAUAGCUAUGGUCACUGCUUGAUCAAGAAAGAACAUAACCUGUUGAAGUUGACUUUGGCUAUGGAAAGUUCAUAUAAACAUGUACUGUAUAAUUCACUUAUCCCAAUCAUUAAAAGUGUUCAACAUCUAACUACUUAAAAUAAACGUUACGUGGAGUGAACUUGACUGACUAAUAACAUGGUACAUGGAUGAAUAAGAUUAGGUGGUAAAAGCAAAACAACAAAUGUAAUAAAGGUGCAAUAGCAUGUGGUACAGUAAUACCAGCUGUUAGUAUACCAAAAUCAUUGAGCCUCUUGUUAGCUGAGACUGCAGCCCAGGGAUCUCCAUGCACUGGGUAACGGGCUCCAGAAUGUAACUAAAACCUAUCUUCAUGGCAUACAGUACAGAGAAGUUUUAAAACAUGAAGUUUUAUAAAAUAUUGUUUUAACUAUAGGUUUGAAUCAUAUACGUAAGCGUGGUUGUGUUUUAAUAAAAUAAAGUGUAAGUACAGUUUGGAACACUCUAGUUUCAGAAAUUACAGUGAGAACGUUGCCAUGAAAGAGAAAAUCCUUUUAGAACUUUUUUUUAUUAGUGAAAUAUUGGGCCGUCAUGCAGUUGACUCUUCUACUUCCCCAGAAGGAAGCCACCCAGGCUGGGCAUGUGACCUUAGCCCUGUGCAUACAGCCUAGGAGGAAGCAAUUGGUCCACAGAGUCACUUUUCCCCACCCAGAAUUUGUAUCCGAGGAACUGUGUAUUUGGCCCCAUCCAUUCCACUAUAAUCAAUACAAAGGUACAGGUACUGUGUAUCUGCUUUCCUCCUUGACACCCCUUUACACUUGUAUUGGUAUUACAUAUCUGCAUGGUGUACAAUUAAUAAAAGUGUAAUAGAGAGUCUUUAUUUCCAAACAACAGACCCCGAACAACACUACAUUUUGUUUAUGUAUACUGUAACUCUUAGUGACUGUACAUCGUUACCACCAUUGUACUAGGUAAUACUUGACCAUUUCAGAUUAAAUAAGUGCAUGUUAAAUUUUAAUGCAAAACCAAAUUCAUUUCAUGGUACACUUCUAAAUGAUCAGCAAUAUCCAGUAAUUGUUCACUAGAGAUCUAUAGAAAUAGCAAAGUCACUAUAUACAUCCUUCACUGUAAUGGCUGGGUGACAGAUUGCAUGAGAUCUUGGUUUGGGAGCCACAUGGAUUCCUACACUAUUACACCAACCUGCUAGAUAGAAAAUACCUCAUUUCGGAGUUAUAAUCUCUUUGCAAAAUACUAAUGCAAUUCUAUAUUUAAAUUCUGUUUACAGUAGAUUAAGUACAGAUUUUUUUUAAUCUAUUUACUCAAUUAUUUACUGAACCCGUAAUGCCUGGAUGUUCAUAUGGCACCCAUUCAGCCAGGAAACUAGGUAUAUAUGACAUACUAACACUCUGUAUGGAUCACAUAAUUUCUCUCUAUUCCUGCUGCUAUAUUGAUGUGGAUGGGCUUGUGUUGUGAAAGAGUUUAGCAUCCCUUUAAAUAGUCUUAUAGGCGAAAAUAUUUUGUCAAUGAAUAGAUUAAGGAUUGGACAAUGACAAUGCUGCGGCAACGGAAUUACUCAUGGGGCUAUAUAAAUAUAUAAUAUAAAUUUUAUUUUGCAACAGUGCAAUGCCACUUCUACCCAAGGGCAAGAGAAUUUGGCAGGUGUACAUUUGCAUUACUUGAUUAACAGGGGGGCAAAUUGUGUACAAUGAUUAUUGUUAAUAUGAAUGGGGGAAAAAAUCGGGGUCCUCUUUCAGCCCAAAUUCCAAGCUACCACCUCAAAUAAUUGUUAUUAUCUACCAGUGGUUAUUUUUAUUAUUAUCUGCUACUGGUUUCUGUCAUUUAUUAUAAUAAUAUAAGAAGUCCCAUGGCCUAGUUUCUUUCUAGAGGUCAUAGAACUCUAAGAGGCCGUUGACAGAACUCAGAAGUGAUUUUUAAUAUCUGUAUAAUGUAAAUGGUUUGAGAUACAUUAUUUGUUAUAAUAAUAACAACUUAGUCUGUUUAAACAAAUUUGUCAUAAAAAUAUAUUGGUUACAGUGCAAGUAGGAGAAGAUAUGAGAGGAAAUGAUGUAAGUUUAUAAAUGAGGGAAAAUUCUGGGAAAUGUUUUAUUUUAUUAAUUUUAUCAUUUUUGUUUAGGAAAAGUGUAAAAUAACUGGUAGUGAAAGCAUACUAGCAUGGUAUGUGUUGUGUUGUAGGUAAAGCUAUCUGCUGUGGUAUGCGUAUGUCUAAAGGCAUGGUGCAUUGUGGAAGGGAGAAGUGACACUAAACAUAAGGAAGGCGGUAGCUACUGUUAUACUGUAUGUAUAUAUACUGUGAAAUAUUAGGCUAAAUUCCUGCUUUUACAUUAAAUUAGCAUUGUCAACACAACGUAUACAUGCCAACAAAGGGCAAUCACAUCUAGGUAUGAUGUGUGAUACAUACAUCACCUCGGCAGCUAUCUCAUAUUUCAUAGGAUAUUAUUAGAUAUAUAACUACAUUUUAUCUAGAGAUGAACUAAAGAGACUAUUUCCUUUUCAAACCAUACAUUCUGUAAUGUGAUUACUUUGUGUGUUAUGAUCAAUAAUAAUUUGUCAUUGUACACUCUAGUACUGCAAAAUGCUUCAUUUAAAUUGGCUAACAAUAAUAUUGCAUGACAGAACAAUAUGUGGAGGAUGGCUAUUUGUAACCUACAUUGUUAAUAAAUCAUUUGAUACUACUCAA